UCAUCAUACGGAUGUAGGAUAAUAUCGUGUCAGGAUACAUUGGCGUGAACUUUGGAGAGCGUUUUCUCAGACUGGACGGGGAAUCUCGAAGGUGCAUCCACAGCCAGCUCGCCAGUAUGAAGUCUGCCGAAGAAGACGCAUACGGCUACCCUGCCAGUGGCGGCCUUUCGCUCCCGGUCAGCAACCCGUACCUGUCCCCGCAGUACCACAGUCCUCAAGGCGGUCCAGUGCUCUCUGUGGCCAUCACACCUCCGUCCAGCUACGGGCACCAGGAGGACAAAGUGUCCCUGGGCUUCUACACGUCGGCCGGUAUGCGCCCCAAUAGCACCCCGGCUCUGGAGAGCCCGCGGAUCGAGAUCACGCCGUACAGCCACUUCUCCGAGGAAGAGGAGGAAGGCGGGAGCGGCGGAGGCACGCCGGCGGGAAACCGGAUCAUCUCCGUGGCGACGCUGACGCUCCCCAACGCCGACGGCUACCGCGACCCGAGCUGCCUGAGCCCGGCGAGCAGCGUGUCGUCGCGCAGCUGCCACUCGGAGGCGUCGUCGUACGAGUCGGGCCUGUCGUGCACCUACGACAUGUCGCCGCAGAACUCGCCCUGGCAGUCGCCCUGCGUCUCGCCCAAAGGCGGCGGCGGCGGCGGCGGAGGCUCGUCGUCCAUGCACUCCUGCACGCUGGCCGCGUCGCCCCAGCCCUCGCCCUCCGGCUCGCCCCGCACCUCCAGCCUCGGCAACCACAGCGACGACGCCUGGGGCACCUCCCGCCCGGCCUCCUCCCCGCAGCCCAGCUCCCCCUGUGGCAGCAAGCGGAAGUACAGCUUUGGCGGCGGCGGCGGCGGAGGUGGAGGAGUAGGAGGUGGUGGAGGAGGAGGUGGUGGGGCCUACAAGUACCCGUACUCCCCCAACCAGUCGCCCAACCCGUCCCCCCACACCUCCCCGCGCCUCAGCCUGGCCGAGGAGACGUGGCUGAGCACCACCAACCAGUACACCAACUCGGCCAUCGUGGCCGCCAUCAACGCCCUCUCCACGGACGGCGCCAGCGACCCCCUCGGCGGCGGCGGCGGCGGCGAGAGCCUCCCGCUGAAGACCCGCCGGACCGGCCUGGACCCCUGCUGUCCGUCCCUCAGCAUGAAGGUGGAGCCCAGGGGAGACGAGCUGCUGUCGGGAGAGUACAGCACCAGCGACUACGGCUCGCCCUCGCACAUGCCCUUCAAGAAGGAGGGCUACGGCGGCGGCUUCCUGGACGUGCCCCAGCACACCUACUCGUGGUCAAAGCCAAAGACAUACAUUAGCCCGUCCUUGCCCGCUCUUGACUGGCAGCUGCCAUCCAGCUCAGGCCCCUACAGCCUUCAGAUUGACGUGCAGCCCAAGUCUCACCACCGUGCCCACUACGAGACCGAGGGCAGCAGAGGGGCAGUGAAGGCACUCGCAGGAGGCCAUCCGGUUGUGCAGCUGCACGGCUACAUGGAGAGCGAGCCGCUGACCCUCCAGCUGUUCAUCGGGACGGCAGACGACCGGAUGCUGCGGCCCCAUGCUUUCUAUCAGGUCCACCGCAUCACGGGCAAGACUGUGUCAACACCCAGCCACGAGGUGCUGCAGAACAGCACCAAGCUGCUGGAGAUACCUCUGCUUCCAGAGAGCAACAUGAAGGCUAUAAUCGACUGCGCUGGCAUUCUCAAGCUGCGCAACUCGGACAUCGAGCUUCGGAAGGGCGAGACGGACAUCGGGCGGAAGAACACCCGCGUGAGGAUGGUGUUCCGGGUGCACAUAAGCCAGCCCAACGGAAGGACCAUCUCCCUGCAGGCCGCCUCCAACCCCAUCGAGUGCUCCCAGCGAUCGGCGCAGGAGCUUCCCUUGGUGGACAAGCAGAGCUUGGACAGCUGUGCGGCCACAGGGGGGGAGAAGAUGCUCCUGACCGGACACAACUUCCAGCCCGACUCCAAGGUCGUGUUUGUGGAGAACGCCCAAGAUGGCCAUCACAUAUGGGAGAUGGAAGCCAAAGUGGACAAGGAAGCCUCCAAAUCGACAUGCUUGUUGGUAGAAGUACCCACGUACAGGAACCAGAACAUUGCCAGCCCGGUGUCGGUGAGCUUCUACGUGUGCAACGGCAAACGCAGGAGGAGUCAGAGCCAGCACUUCACCUAUCUGCCACCCAAAGUUCCAACUAUAAAAACAGAGCCGCAUGAUGACUAUGAGCUCCCUCAGCUGUGUACCCAGCAUGCACCUGGCUUCCCUUUGCAUUCGAAGCCUUACUACUCCCCGCAGGUGCUGACCGCCGCGAUGCCUGUUGACCCGAGGCCCGGCGCGGCGGGGCCGUUUGGCGUCGGCGCCGGCCCCCAGCGUCUCGGAGGAAAGCCGUCCUCGUUGUCCUCCCCCGUCUCUGGCCCGUCCCUCGGCGGCAGCCCCAAGCUCCACGACCUGUCGCCCACGCACUUCCCCAAGGGGCUGCUGCUCGGCUCUCCCCAGCCGCCUGCCGGAUCCGCUCCUCCUUCGCCGGCCUCCGCCGCGCAAGUCUCGGCCAUCCAGGCCACGGCGGCCGCCGCCUGCUACCAGCAGUCCGCCGCUCUCUUCCACCCGCGGGUGGUCUCCGCGCCACACCUCUCCCCCUCGACGCCGGAGCGCCCCUUCAGCAGCAGCCUGUCCCCGUCCCACGCCCACGCCCCCGCGCACGAGCUCCCCGCCUCGGUGUCCCCGCAGCCGCCCAAGGGGUCGCCCAGGAGAAGCCCGUCCGCCUUCCUGCCCCAACAGGGGAGCCCCUCCGCACCGGCCGUCAGCAUCAAGCAGGAGCCUCAGGAGCUCGACCAGAUGUACCUGGAUGAUGUCAACGAAAUCAUCCGGAAUGAUCUGUCGAGCAUCACUGUCCACAGCCAUGCAUAGUGUUGGGGGGGUAUCAAGGAACACAAGGGCAAACAUGGACCCACAUGAACUUGAGAGAAAAUUCCAUACUCAUCAGCCUGCCCUGCUUCACUACCCAAGCACAAACAAGUCCAAAUGGAGCCUUUACAACCAAAUUCAGACCUCCUAUGCAAGAAAAAUUCAGCAAUACUGGAAAUGAAUGAUUGCCUAAAAGGACAAAUGGACCAAGAACUGAGUUUUAUUUCUUUCUGUUCUAUCUUUUUUUCUGUCAUUGCAGAAUUGUAAAUUAUUCUCAAUCCCAAAUGUUUUUAUGGCUGAAUGUAUGAUCAAUUAUCCAAAAGUGUACUCAUUUUGCUUUCUGAAAAAAAGCUGAAGUGCUUUUAAAGGACGCCUAUUAGAGCAUCCAUUCAGGCGGGAGAGAAAACAUAAUUGACUUGUGGAAACGGCUCACCUUGAUGAUAUAAUGACCAUAAUCUCAGCAAUAUUUUGGCAGAAGCUUUUACUAGAGAUGACAUCAUCUCAGUGCGUCUUAUUGUGGUCGAAUGUUAAGAGAUUUUUCUUUGUGUUAUUAGCCAUUCCAUCAUUAAUGUUUAUGUUGGAACAGUCUUUUCCUCUAGACAUUCAAUACACAUCUGAAGAAUAAACUGGAUUUCUUUUCCCUUUUCAACUUUUUAUUUGGAAAUUUCACAUUUACUUAAAAUGUAACAAUUUCUUUUGAGGUAUUAAUUUAUUAUUUCAUUUAAUCUUCUUUUUAUUAUUAUUAAGGAAGAAACUGACAAAGUGUUAUGAGAUCCAUUUGCAGGUGCCCUUGAUAUGCUUGAUAUUACUUAUGUACCAGCAGAGGAUGAUGUUGGGAGAUAUUGAGAUUGCAAUGACAUGGCUACCAGUAAGAGUAGUAUUAAAAUGUCUAGUAAGUAACUGGAAUUGUCAAGUGUGAUCUACAUUCACAGCACAUGUUUGAGACACGUUGAAGAAAUCUGUAGAUCCACAAGUGUCCUUUUAAACAUUUGAAUGUUUUCAGUGAAAAUGUUCUAACGCUAACAUCAAAAUAAUUUUUGAAACGUUUCAUCAAUUGUGUGCCUUAACUUCUGGGCUUCAGACCAGAAUCAUUGAUCAUGACUCUUAAGGGGUAUAUCACAGCAUGUAUCUAAAAGGGAACGCUUGCUUGAACUGUACAGGAGGGCACAGGCCACACAAUAUGGUGCACUGCACAGCAUGGGAGAGGGAAUUCAUAGUUGUGGUGGUUGUCACUGAGCGUCCUCUUGUGGCUUGCACUGGUAGUGCAAAAAAAAAACAGAAGGCUUAUGACUGGAAGUAAUGUCUCAGACAUGACUAACGCAUGCUUUAUGUAUAGCUCUUAUUUGUAGUCUAGUUUUUUUUUCUUUUCUAAGACUGAGACUAAGCAUUUUUUCAAGGAGAGGGCCAUUUGUAUCCUCUGCUGUGCUAAUAUAAACCUCUGAUUUUUUUCUACAUGUUUUAAUCCAUAUAUGAAGCUGAUUUGUAAUGUGUAUGACAUUUAUGUCUUGUUCAUUUUUACACAAUUUUGUACUACACUAUUCUUCCUUAAGUGGAUAACUCAAAGACAUACAAUUACUCAAUUAUUAUUUACCAGCAAAUAGUCUUUGGCAAUUAUGCUGUUGCAAAUAAUGCACCCAAGAAUGUAUAAAGUCACAUCAGUGCUUUCUGUGAUUGCAAACACUCUAUACACGUUUGGUUAGUUCAAAGUACUGCAAGAGAUUAUAUUCAGUUAAGAUUGAUUUCAGUAGUAAGUUAGUACAUUUGGUGUUACAUAUAGGAUAACUGAACAUCCUUAUAGUCACUCAUUACAUCUAUAUAUUAUAGUGAAGGCUGUAGAGUUUCAUGGGAUCAUCAACAGGAAAAAAAAUAUCCAUAUCGAUUUUCUUUUUCUUCAUUACCAAACAAUGCAGCUGACUUAUACAACUGAUGCCAAAGAUUUCACAGGUUGACAUCUUUGAAAAGACUGUUUGCACUUUACAUUGUAAAAAAAAAAAGAAUCUGUCCUAUUACGCCUUGUAAAAUAGCAACAUUUUAUCAUUUGACAUGAUGUUAAUUCAAAUAAAAUCAAUAUACUCUAA